ACAUUAAUUGUUUAUUUCCGGUUUUGGAGCGGGAACACAUGUGAGCAGAUAGUUGAUGUUAAUCAAGUGUUUACAAUGACAAGAGGUCAUACAGAACUAGGGGACAUAACUCCUCACAACAUCAAGCAGCUGAAGCUAUUGAAUCAAGUGGUGUUCCCUGUGACUUACAAUGACAAGUUCUAUAAAGAUGUACUAGAAGUGGGAGAGCUAGCAAAACUUGCCUAUUUUAAUGACAUUGUGGUUGGUGCUGUUUGUUGUCGUAUUGAUACAUCUGAUAACCAGAGACGAUUAUACAUAAUGACGCUAGGAUGUCUGGCACCAUAUAGAAGAUUACAUAUAGGUACAGUUAUGUUAAAGCACGUGUUGAAGAUCUGUGAGGAAGAUGCAAAUUUUGAUAAUGUAUUUUUGCAUGUGCAAGUAAAUAAUGAUGGAGCUAUAAAAUUUUACGAAAAAUUUGGAUUUAAAAUUGUUGAAGAAAAAAAGAACUAUUACAAAAGAAUUGAACCUGCUGAUGCAUAUGUGUUACAAAAGACAUUUAGAGAAAGUGGCGAACAAAAAGCAAUGGUGAAAAAUUGAACAAAAAAAUCAGAAAUAAUUGACCUUUGGAACCCAUAGACUUUUGUACAGAUGAUAAAACUUUAGACAAGAUCAAUUCUAGAGAAACAAAUUUAAUUGAAACAUGUAUUACUGUUGAAAAAGCCUUAAACCUCUGCCUAGUUAUUGGUUAUAUAAUCCCUGCUGAAUAAACCUAUCUUUGUGGACUUGGCAUUAAAUAUACUAAAAAAAAAACUUCAUGAACUAAAUUGGUCUUUCUGUAUGUGAAAUCCUGAACACUAUAUAUUAAUCAUGACUGUAAGAAUGCAACUUAAACAUACAUUAGUCUAAAUAUUCUUUGUGAAACCAUAGUAUAUGUGCAUGUAUUUUUAUGAUUAACUUGUUAAAUGGGGUGAUGGGUUUAAAUUUUGGCAUUACAUUUUUUAACUAUUAGAUUGUUUAUUUUCCAUCAUGGUUUAAAAUUGUCUAUGUAUAAAUGUACCUCAUUCUCUCUUAAAUUGGAAAUGAAUUGACUCACGAGUACUGUUGAUUGAAUUCUGGUUUAAAAUGUAACAUUUUAUAAGCAAGUACUAAACAUGCUAACGAUUGUAUAUCUUGAUGUGUUUGCAUUUUAUCAAAAAAGAAAAGCCAGAUGAUUGCACAUGUACAAGAUUUUGUGAUCAUGAUGAGAAAACUGUAAAUAAUUGAUGUUCUGCAACUAAAACAAGAUGCUAUCACUUAUACAUAAAUUUGUUGAAAUUGAUGUUCAUGGACACUUUUCUAUUGAUAUUUUGUACUUGUGUUAUUGUAUAUGACUUUAAUUAAUUGGUUUUUCACUUUUCAUUGAUUGAAAAAUAUAUUUAAUGUGCA